UUGAUGAGUCCAACGCUGCAUACUCUACCUCUAGCGUCAGGGCCGCCGAGCCUAGUCGCUCAGAGAGGCAUCCCCGUGAGCAAUGCCGACAGAUCAGAUUGAACAAGUCACUCGAUUUCGAGGUUUCCUUCCUCAAAUCUGGUGAUUUCAACGUGGGAUUCAACGCGACGCAGUCCUCAAAACCCUAACCUCUUCUCUUUCACCGGAGCGGAUCGAGGUCCUCGCGAGGAUGGACAAGCUAAUCGAGGCACUACUGAAGCUAAUCGAGAAGCCAAUCUCGCCGUGGACCACCAAGGUGGCCCUGGAGACGACAUUCUACCUGGUCUCGACCCACGAGAGGAUUGCAGCUAGGGUUUCAGAAUCGAGGAUCGUUCCCCUACUACUCGAGAUCCUAGUCAACGCCGAUAGGAGCACCACCGAGAAAGCUCUAGGGGUGCUGGAUGGCGCUCUGGGCUAUGGCCGCGACAGGGAGGCGGCGUGCAGCCACCCCCUAGCGGUGCCGGUGCUGGUGAAGAACAUGCUGUGGGUGUCGGAGACGGCGGCACAAUUCGCCGUGUCGGCGCUGUGGAAGCUCUGCAAGAGCGAGAGGCAAGGUGAGCGCGCCGCGGAGGCCACCAAAGUCGGAUCCUUCCAGAAGCUUCUCAUUUUGCUCCAAGUUGGGUGCUCUACGUCGACAAAGGAGAAAGUGAGCAAGCUGCUCAGGCUACCGAACACACAGGGGAGAGUGCAGAAGUCCUUUAAUUUUAAUUUUAAGAUAUUUUUAUUAUUUUAUAAUAAUAUAAAUUAUAUUUCUUUAUUUUUUUAUAUAUGCCGCACCUCUCGCGACAUCCGGACGCCCCACACACGUAGGCUCUGAA